AUGCCCGUUUUCCCUUCCCCAGAACACCCCGAAAAUCUUCUUCGGGACUCGCCUUGGGAUUGGGAGGAUACCACGAGUCCGGAUAGCAAUCCUCACAUGUCCUCCCACAGCGACGAGGCGUCUGAAGAAGUUGAUUCGAUAGUCCGUCAGCAGUCCAAUCUGGAGUCCAUGCUGCUGGCCGCCCUGGACGAACUCUAUGUUGUUCAGAUGUAUGAAAACCUCCUCUGUCAGCCACAAAGUCCUCGCAACGAACACCGCCCGGUCAGAAGCCUGCUCGACCUCCCCAACGAGCUUCUCAUGAUGACGUUCAGAUACCUCCCAGUGGACGAGAUCGUCUCCCUGCGCUCGACGUGCAAGCUCUUCGCCGAGCUUACCAAGUCGAGUACGCUCUACAGAUCCGUCUUGGUGCACCAAUUUCCGUGGGCUUCCAACGACCCUCAAGGAGUUUCAGUGCCGCGCUUCUACACCGAGUACAUCCUGCCUCAUAUCCGCCAUCUUACCGUCAUCCUGCCGGAUAAUGUUUUGAACACGAUCCCUCACCGUGGCAUGUUCCAAGCAAUGGACUGCCAAGAUGGCGUGAACACCCCGGCAUUCGUCUACACCUUUCUGGAUGCCAUACCCUGGGAGCAACUCGAGACGCUCAUCUUCCCCCGCUCGGGCUUUCUGGUGAUUUUGGACAUUUGGGCCAGGUUGCUGGCGCAGCAGACGCAUUUGCGGACUGUCAAUCUGUCUGGUGCCUGCCUAGACACUGACUGCAUGGAGCUGCUGAGCGCCAUGGACCGACUGGAGUACCUCGACUUGAACGGAGUGUUGGCAGUGGAUGGAUGGCGAGACUUGACAGAGGCGUUCGUGCAUAGUGAAGCGUGGAAGGCUAUCCGCUACAUGGACUUUUCGGCUUGUGUCAAUAUCGACAAGGGGGUGUUCAAGGAAUUCCUCAAGUCGCUGCCCGUGUCUCUACGGUACCUCGACCUAUCCGCAUUGCCUUGGGUCGAUUCGGCGAUGUUGGCGGGUAUCAAAGUCUGGGGUCGUAGGGAUGGGGAUGGGGUGCGCGAAGGUCCUGUGCAGUUGAGAUGGAUCGGGCUGAGAGGGACAAAGGUCAGCGCGGUCGACCUCUGCAUGUUGAAUGUUCGAUGGGCCAGGUCCAAACUCCAAGGAAUGGAAAGUCUCCCCGAGCGUGCGAUCAAGGCGCUUCAACUCAACAAGCAAAAGAUUGUCGACCAGUACAACCUCGAGCUCAUUCAGGUCGACCACGCCUUCACAUCUUCGUUCAACUGCGCCCACUCGGCUAACGACCUUAACCAUGGGCGUAUAGACAUCGGUCACUGUUUGUUUAUGAUAACGGGUCUCAUAAAAUGUGUAGAGCAGAGCGAAUCAUGCGUAAUGCCGGAAGGGCUCACGGAGGAGGCUGAGCAGAGUUUAAGGAGCCGAGUGAAAGAAUGGUCCACGCGGUACCUUCAGGUAUGGACGGAUAGGGGCGUCGCGCUGACUUGGAAUUUUGAGAGGUGGAAUUAUGCGUGUCGUUUGGGUGAAUUCCUGAGUAAUGUGGCGAAGGUGGAUUAG